UGUAUUUAUCUGGGUUGUACAAUUUGACUCAUUGCGAAUUUUAUUUAGUCAGAAAUUUUCGCAAAGAAAUUGAUCUAAAUAUUUACUCUCUCUCUCUUUCCGAUAAGACCACAACAUAGGAAAUUGUACCCGGUCGCCGUCAUCCACCCAAUGAGGGAUUACCAACCAAUCGGCAUGAUAACCGGUGAUAACAAGGGUGAUAAGAGGAUAUCUGGUCUACUUAUAUACAUAUUUGUUGCAUAUAAUAUAUAUGCGAAACACUAAAAACUUAUCACACAGUCAUCAUCACCACGACAAAUGAGACGACGUUCCGUAGCAAAUAAUUUAGGUCAAAUACUUACCUUCUAAAAAAUUUUGAGCCUGGUUUUAAAAUUUGAUUUUUAUUAACUUGAAAACAUAUUGUCAGGAACAAUUUAAAGUUUGUAGACUGCUAUAAAUUUCUUGGAAAUAUUGUGAAGAAUGAAGCAGGGAAGAAAUGAUGAGAACGUCGGGGUCCUUCAAAACUUUGUGGUCUCGGUGUGGGCGAUGAUUUGGAAGUUUAAAAUCGUCAUUGUCCUCUUAAUCGUUUUGUACUUGAUACACUACAAUUUCUUGAGGGAGUACAAAUCCAGGGAGGAAUUAUUCGCAGAUGGGUGUUUGGAAGGUACGAAAUAUGUGGAGGACAAUUUCGCCAAUUUGGAUCAGAUGGACCCCGAGCUUGUGCGGUACGUGAGGACGAGAUAUCUCAUCCCACCGACAUCGCCGAAUGUUCCGUAUCAUUUUAAAAAUCCUGGAAAGGAUAUAAAAACCGGACAUGGACAAUGGGUCAGGAAAUAUUUGAAAGAUAAGAGGGGCGGCGUAUUUAUCGAGGCUGGCGCAAAUGAGGGCGAAUUUCACUCGCACACUCUCGAACUGGAAAUGGAACUGGGUUGGAGCGGCCUUUUAAUCGAGUGCAAUCCAACCGUGACGCCGUAUCUGAGGUCAAAAAGAAGGAAAGCGUGGGUUGCAGGCGUUUGCAUCUCGACCGGAAAUAGACCCGCCGUGUUAAACUUCUCCAACCCGGAAGGAUGGACGUACAGCGGUCGAAUCGGUCCCGCAUGGAACCUUCCGGUGGCGUCGAAUUGGACUUAUUUCGACGUAGAAAGCGUUCCCCUCUACACCAUCAUUGCUGCCGCAGGAUAUAAAGAAAUUGACUUUUUUAGCUUUGACGUGGAAGGAAUUGAAUUCGAAAUUCUGAGACAGUUUCCCUUCGAUAGGAUUGUAUUUAAGCUCAUAAUUAUGGAGGUGCAAUUUAUCGACCAAACUAAACGAGAUGAACUUGAAGCCUUUAUGAAGUCGAAAGGGUACAGUGCUGUGGAGAAGCAGGGAUUGGACCAUAUUUAUAAACAUGAAAGUUUAAUUGUAGACUGAUCAGGAAUUGUGGAUUCAAGAUAUUUUGAAAUUAUGUAUAUCUUGAAAUAUUAUUUAAUUUAAUUUAAAUAAAUAGUUAUUUAUAAGAAAUUUAUUUACUUAAAUUAAAAGUCUUGGGAAGUCAAAAAUUGUGAUCAGUGUAUAAAUAAAUAUUUACAUAUAUUUUGUUUGAUUUUGUGUGGUUGAAAAAUUAUAAUUUUGUACGCAAGUAGCGAUUCGAUAAGAAAUAUACUGCAUGAAAAAUCCAUCGA